GUCUCCGCCGAGCAGCUCCGAGUCCGCCCGCCGCCGCCGCCGCCGCCGCCGCCACGAUGCCCAACUUCGCCGGCACCUGGAAGAUGCGAAGCAGCGAGAACUUCGACGAGCUCCUGAAGGCUCUGGGUGUGAACGCCAUGCUGCGGAAGGUGGCCGUGGCCGCCGCGUCCAAGCCGCACGUGGAGAUCCGCCAGGACGGGGACCGGUUCUACAUCAAGACGUCCACCACCGUGCGCACCACCGAGAUCAACUUCAAGGUCGGCGAGGGCUUCGAGGAGGAGACGGUGGACGGACGCAAGUGCAGGAGUUUACCCACCUGGGAGAACGAGAACAAGAUCCACUGCACACAGACCCUCCUGGAGGGCGACGGCCCCAAAACCUACUGGACCCGAGAGCUGGCCAACGACGAGCUCAUCCUGACCUUCGGCGCCGAUGACGUGGUCUGCACGAGGAUUUACGUUCGGGAGUGAAGGCGGCCGCCCGCUCCUGCCUCCUGCGUGGACAGCGCGAUGCAUGUCCCCUCUCCCCGCCCCCCACCCCCAUCCGAGGAAUGUCAUAGGUCUGAGCCGCCGUCCCCUCCCCGUGUCAGCGUUCGGCGGCCCCCUCUCCCCCUGCCCGAGCUGUAGUGGUCCCCCCAGGCCUCCGCCGGGCCUGUCCCUGGCGCUCCAUAGUUUGGCAUCUGCACGGUUUCAUCAUCAUUAAACUGGUUGCACACA